UUCAAAAAUAAUGGGGGCUGUCGUCUUUCCGGUUCUCUUUUUCAAUUCGCUAUUUUUCCAGUUCGCAUUUACUUGAGCUUGUCGCAAUGUCGGGAAUUUGCAAGACGCGCCUCAUGGAGGAGAGGAAGCAGUGGCGGAAGGAUCACCCGUACGGAUUCUAUGCGCGGCCCGAGAAGGCCAAGGACGGAACGUUGGACCUCAUGCACUGGAGCUGUGGCAUUCCAGGCAAGGAGGGCACGCCCUGGGAGGGCGGCAUGUACAAGUGCAUGCUGCAUUUCCCGCCAGAGUACCCGACGUUGCCGCCAAAGUGCCAGUUCACACCGCCGCUAUUCCACCCGAACGUGUUCCCGUCGGGCACAGUGUGCCUGUCGAUUCUGAAUGCCGAGAAAGGGUGGAAGCCAGCACUCACGAUCAAGCAGAUUCUGCUGGGCGUGGCAGACUUGCUGGUGGACCCGAAUAACGACGACCCGGCGCAAACAGAGGCGUACCAGAUGUUCAAGCGCGACAAGGCUGGCUUAUACCAAAAGAGUGAUUGAGCAAGCUAAGCGGUUUCCAAACGACAGCUAAGCACAUGGGCUAGAUCUGUUGGUGCUGUUGUGG